AUUCAUCGUGAGCUCAUACGUUCUUGUAAGUUUUAGGUUAUAGAAAAAACUGCUUAAAAACUAGAUUUCAUAUCAAAUUGUUGCAUGCAUUUCUGAAACGCCUGUAACGAUCAAUCGAUGUAACAAAUAUGCAUACAAAGAAUUAUAGGAAGUUAUGCUUCCCGCUGAUUAACAUUUUACUACUAUGAUUCGUGAAUCGCAACUAAACUGAUAAGUCAUUAUCUACUGAUAACAUUGUAUCAAUACUGUCCAGUCAACGACUGUCGUUAGAGUCGGACGAACGAAACAAUGACAACGAUGGACGAUUACUUGGGAAAAAGUUAUGUGAUGAUCAGCGAAGACAACUUUGAAGCCUAUCUUGAGUAUUUAGGCAUGGGAUACAUAAAGCGCAAAAUAGCCGUGAAAGUGCGUCCGACGCAGACGCUGCGACGGAACGCGAGCGGGACCUACACGUUCAGUGUGCACGGGGCUUUAUUUCACUGGGAGAUCAUGUUCACGCCCGGUGUGGAGUUCGAUGCCACCUCGCCUGACGAUAUCCAGCUCAAAGGACUAAUAACAUUUGAGGGCAAUGUGAUGACACACAAACAGACUGACAACGAGGGCAGAGUGUCCACGCACAAGCUCGAAUUCGGACCCGAGGUGACGAUCGUGACAACCACUGUGGAGGGAUGGGAUAUAGUAGCCACACGAAUUUAUAAGUUAGUUAAAUAGUUUAUGUAUCUUUAAGUUAUUUGUAGGUAUUAUUCAUAAAUAUAAUUUUAAUUGUGUGACCCGACCAUGAACGUUGUAUUAAUUGAAUUAUUUUAUAAUUAUUUAUGUUUGUAUAUUUUUAAUACAUCAAGUACACUUUAA